AUGCCCGCGGGCAUGUUCAGCAUCGACAACAUCCUGGCCGCCCGGCCGCGCGGCAAGGACCCGGGGCUGCCGGGGGCGCCCAGCGCCGCGGCCCCGGUCGUGUUCCCGGCCCUGCACGGGGACCCGCUCUACGGCGCCGGCGGCGGCGCGUCCUCGGACUACGGCGCCUUCUACCCGCGCCCGGGCCCGGGCGGCGCGGGCCUCCCGGCCGCGGUCGGCGGCUCCCGCCUGGGCUACAACAACUACUUCUACGGGCAGCUGCACGUGCAGGCGGCGCCCGUGGGCCCGGCCUGCUGCGGGGCCGUGCCGCCGCUGGGCGCCCAGCAGUGCUCCUGCGUGCCGACGCCCCCAGGCUACGAGGGCCCGGGCUCGGUGCUGGUGUCCCCGGUGCCGCACCAGAUGCUGCCCUACAUGAACGUGGGCACGCUGUCGCGCACCGAGCUGCAGCUCCUCAACCAGCUGCACUGCCGGCGGAAGCGGCGGCACCGCACCAUCUUCACGGACGAGCAGCUGGAAGCGCUCGAGAACCUCUUCCAGGAGACCAAGUACCCGGACGUGGGCACCCGGGAGCAGCUGGCGCGGAAGGUGCACCUCCGCGAGGAGAAGGUGGAGGUCUGGUUUAAGAACCGCCGUGCCAAGUGGAGGCGGCAGAAGCGGUCCUCCUCGGAGGAGUCGGAGAACGCCGAGAAGUGGAACAAGCCGUCGUCGAAGGCGUCCCCCGAGAAGAGGGAAGACGAAGGUAAAAGCGAUUUGGACUCGGACAGCUGACGGCCGCGCGCCGGCCCGACUCGGGACACUUGCACAGACGGUCGACGCUACUUUCUUGCACACGCGCUGCCUUGUGGGAGGGGGUCGAGGAAGGGAGAGGUGCUGUAAAUAGUGUACAGAGCCGGAGGGUCGGCGUCUGGGGUGGGGGCCCCGCUGGGGCUCGCAGCCCCCCAGCCCGAGGCCCCGCGCCCCGCUCCCCACCGUAGUAUUUAUAGUUAAGUUAACGGUGUCAGUACAAUAAAGUGAUGGCCAUGU